AAUACAAGAUUAGCUAGAAGUAUAAUUAUUUUUACAAAUAAGUGAAUCUAUGAACACUUAAUCUUGAGAUAAGAUAAAAAGGUACAUGACGAGUGUGAUAGAUAAGUUUUCACGGUUUUUCUAUUUCUAUUUGGAGUUUCCUAUUCAUUUAUUUAUUUGGAGGCAGACGCCAUCGCUUUAACAAUGCGGCGGGUACCGAAGCAGGCCAGCGCCUUCACAAAGUUCCGGUUGUUGAUGUGGAAGAACUUCCUACAACAAUGGAGACACAGAAUACAGACAGCCUUGGAAAUACUACUUCCAGUUCUGACCAUGACACUAGUGCUACUUCUCCGAUGGCAGAUAGAACCAGCAGAAAGACAGACACUCACCUAUCCGCCUAUAAGAGCACACACACUCAACUAUUCUGCACAAGUACUGUUCGGCAUGAAUUACACUAAACUAUCGGUUGCCUUCUCACCAUCUAGUCCUGUAUUAGAAGACGUAGUUAGAACUGCAGUCUCUAAUUUACUAGUAAAUAACAUGGAAGAUUUAAUUGCUCAUUUACCAGUGGAAAUAGAAUUACCACCUACCAUUGAUAUAAAUUCUACCGCUAUUGUUGACUGGAUUAAAUCUCGUAUAACAAUAGAAUCUUACAAAAAUAGUCAUGAAACUAGAGGGAUUUAUAUAGAAGAAGAAAAUACCCGAAAGGUUAUAGCGGUCAUAGAGUUUGACGAUAAACUAUACGGUGCAGAGUCAUUGUCCAAUAAUUUGUCAUACUCGCUGAGAUUCCCCGAGAGACCUCGUCUUAAUUCAUUAUUCCAAACUGGAGGUCGCACUUGGAGAACAGAUGCCGUUUUCCCUGUUUUCGAAACGCCUGGUCCUCGAUUUUCGAAAUCUUGGGAAGGUGGUAACGACCCAGGUUAUGUAAACGAAAUGUUCAUAGCACUACAACAAGUUAUUUCAACCGAAUUGAUAACAAGAUCAACAGGAGUAGACUUGAGUGAAUUCAGAGUGUACUUACAGAGGUACCCUCACCCACCGUACGUCAGGGACAUGGCACUUGACCUUCUGCAGUUCAUGUUCCCUAUGUUCAUUAUGUUAAGCUUCAGUUACACUGCAAUCAACAUUACAAGGGCGGUCACGGUAGAAAAGGAAUUGCAACUAAAGGAAACAAUGAAAAUUAUGGGUCUACCUACCUGGUUGCAUUGGACUGCAUGGACCUGUAAACAGUUUUUGUUUUUGUUAAUAUCCGCAAGUUUGACAGUGAUACUUUUAAAGAUAAAUUGGUUUACAAACGAAGACGGGUUUAGUGAGUACGCAGUGUUUACUAAUACGCCUUGGACAGUUCUGAUGUUUUUCAUGAUGCUGUACCUAACUUGCACGAUAUUUUUCUCUUUUAUGAUGAGCAGCUUUUUCUCCAGAGCUAGUACAGCAGCGUUGUGCACUGUAGUUAUCUGGUUCCUCACAUACAUCCCUGCCUUCCUCUUGGCAAUGGACAUCAACAUGUCUACCGCAGUUCAAGUCUUCACAUGCCUCAGUAUUAACUCUGCGAUGUCUUAUGGAUUCCAGCUUUUGCUUGCCAAGGAAAGUACUGGAGGCUUGCAGUGGGGCGAUUUCAUGGCGUCACCAGGGACGGACUCUGCUCGCUUCGUGUUUGGCCACGUGGUCAUCAUGCUUGUGGUGGAUUGUGUCAUCUAUAUGCUGGUUACCCUCUACCUCGAACAAGUGCUGCCUGGACCGUUUGGCACGCCCAAACGUUGGUACUUCCCGUUCCAGUUGCGGUUUUGGUUUCCCAAUUAUAAAUCAGGUUCGGUUUUGGUUUUGGAAAAUGAGAACAGUGACUUUGAAGACAUCAUAAAGGAAAAAGAACCUACUGACCACGACGUGGGUGUUAAAAUGCAUAAUUUAACAAAAAUUUUCGGAGCUAAUACGGCGGUCAACAACUUGUCUUUGAAUAUUUAUGACGAUCAGAUCACAGUACUACUUGGGCACAAUGGUGCUGGGAAAUCAACCACGAUAUCAAUGUUGACAGGCAAUUUGGAGGUAACCCGGGGUACUGUGACUGUUGCUGGAUAUGAUAUGACACACGAAGGUUCUUUGGCUCGUGCCCAUAUUGGCUUAUGUCCUCAACACAAUGUACUAUUUAAUGAACUCACUGUCAGAGAACAUUUGGAAUUCUUUGCCAGGUUGAAAGGAUUUCAUGGAGCAGAGCUCAAGUCUGAGAUUGAUACUCUUAUCGAAAAAUUGGAACUGCAAGAGAAGCGAGACUAUCCUUCCAAUGGUUUGUCUGGAGGUCAAAAGCGACGUUUAUGUGUUGGAAUAGCUUUAAGUGGAGCGGCACGUGUAGUACUACUUGAUGAACCAACAUCAGGAAUGGAUCCUUCCUCCCGACGAGCACUUUGGGAACUUCUGCAGAAGGAAAAGAAAGGUCGUUCGAUGAUCUUGACGACACAUUUCAUGGACGAGGCUGAUAUUCUCGGUGACCGAGUGGCUAUAAUGGCGCAAGGUCGCUUGCAGUGUGUGGGUUCACCUUAUUUCCUGAAACGUCAUUAUGGCGUCGGCUACACACUUGUAGUCGUUAAGGACGAUGACUUUGACUUCGAAGAAUGCACUGCACUUAUAAAUAGAUACAUUCCAGAUACUGUUGUCAAAGAAGACCGUGGUACGGAAAUUACUUAUAAUUUAAUCAACGAUUAUUCAUACGCUUUCGAAGAAAUGCUAAACGAUUUGGAAAGGAAUAUUGAAACGAUAAAAUUCAAAAACUAUGGUUUAAUUGCUACCACUUUGGAGGAUGUAUUUAUGUCAGUCGGUUCGGACUUGGCACCUGUAAAUAAUUCAGACAAUGAUGACGCUAUUACUACCACGACGGAUUCCACCAUUGACGACAUUUUAAAACAUGAACUUGAUUCGUCUUUAGAAGAAUUGGAUAGAGACGAAAGCAGUGUGACCGGUUUCCGAUUACUAUGUCAGCAAGUAUUAGCAGUGUGGAUGAAGAAGGGACUGAUACUGAUUCGUUCACCCUGGUUAAUGAUCCUGCAGUUCUGUGCUCCCAUCAUACUAAUCAAUGCCACGCUUGGAGUUAUGAGAUACGUAAUGGCCUUAACCCCAACUAUAAAAACAAGAUUUUUAUCGUUGGCUGAAGGAUUCACAAAUACAGAAACUCUGUUAAGUUUCAACGGCACAUUAGGGUCAUCUGUCGGCGCUAUCGUGGCAACAGCCUAUGAGUUGUUGUUCGCAUCCUCAGACGUGGCGAACAUGGGCUUAACUCGCAUUGGAAACCAACCUAUGGAGCAGUAUUAUCUAAAUAGGACAAUGGAUCCAGUGAUGUUGGGGCAAUUACGUCACCAGAUCCUGAUUGGCUCCACAUUCGACGACAACAAUGCGACAGCUUGGUUCAGUAACUUUGGUUAUCACGAUGUCGCUAUAUCCCUGGCUACCCUCCACUCGGCUAUUCUUAGAGCAUUCAACUCCAGUGCCCAGCUCAACGUUUACAAUCAUCCAUUGGAAGCUACUUAUAGUGACCAGACGGACAUGCAGAUGAUGAUUGCCAUGCUCUCUAUGCAGCUGUCUUCUGGUAUCGGCAGCAGCGUCAGCAUCGUUAGCGCUGUAUUCAUCAUGUUCUAUAUUAGGGAGCGCACAUCUGGCGCUAAGCUCUUACAGAAGGCCGCGGGAGUAAAACCAGCUGUGCUGUGGGGUAGUGCUGCUGUCUUCAACUGGUCGUGGUUCCUCAUUACUUGUAUCUCAAUUGUGGUCACCUGUGCCGCCUUCCAAGUUAUCGGGCUAUCUACUUUUCAUGAAUUGGGUCGAAUGUACUUGUGCGUAAUGCUGUAUGGUGCUGCAAUGUUACCGCUGGUGUACAUUGUGUCCUAUGCGUUCAAUGGUCCUGCUGUUGGCUUCGUCGGCUACUACUUUAUGAACGUAAUCUUCGGUAUGAUGGGUGCACAAGUGGUGGAAGCGCUAUCCUCUCCUCAGCUUAACACUGCGACCGCCGCGAACAUACUCGACUACAUAUUACAGUUCUUCCCGCUUUACAGUUUAAUUACUGCGAUCAGAUUUUUGAACCAAGUUGGACUGCGCGAGUACACUUGCCUUCAAAUGUGCGAGUACGUACAAGCAGUGACUCCUAGCCUUCAGUGCACGAUGGAAAAUUUAUGUACACGUUAUGAAGAAUGCUGUGUCGAAACGAACCCUUACUUCAAUUGGAGUCAGCCAGGCAUAUCUCGAUACUUGACAUGUAUGAUUAUAUCGUGCAUCUUGUUCUGGACUAUUCUUAUGAUCAUCGAGUACAGAGUCUUCCAGAAGUUAUGUACGAUUAAGAAGACCCCACCGCCACUAGACGAGAGUAUAAUGGACCAGGACGUGCGAAACGAGGCGCAGCGCGCGCGCAGCGUGCUGCCUUCGCAACGUUCCGAGCAUGCGCUGAUCGCCAAUGGUCUCUCCAAGUACUAUAAAAAACACCUUGCCGUAAAUCAAAUCUCAUUUGGCGUUAACGACGGCGAAUGUUUCGGUUUAUUGGGUGUGAACGGUGCCGGUAAGACUACCACCUUUAAAAUGUUAAUGGGGGACGAGUCUAUCUCAAGCGGCGAAGCGUUUGUUAGUGGACAUUCUGUGGAGAAAAGUCUUGGCAAAGUACACCAGAACAUCGGUUACUGUCCCCAGUUCGAUGCUUUGUUUGGUGAACUCACGGGUCGUGAGACGCUGCAUAUGUUUGCUAUGAUGAAGGGUCUGCGUCUACGCAGUGCUGCACCAACCGCUGAAACAUUGGCACAUGCACUCGGUUUCCUCAAACAUCUUGACAAAAGGGUAAAUCAAUAUUCAGGAGGAACGAAAAGAAAGUUGAACACGGCAAUAGCGUUCUUGGGCAGAACACGGCUUGUGUUCGUAGAUGAGCCAACCACUGGAGUAGAUCCUGCCGCUAAACGACAUGUGUGGCGAGCAACGCGUGGCGUACAGCGUGCUGGCCGCGGCGUAGUGCUGACGUCACACAGUAUGGAGGAGUGCGAAGCUCUUUGCUCACGGCUCACUAUCAUGGUCAAUGGAAAAUUCCAGUGUUUCGGCACACCACAACAUCUUAAGAACAAAUUUUCCGAAGGUUUCACAUUAAUUAUUAAAUUGAAAAUGGAAGACAGAGACAAUGACACUGCUUCGAUAAACAGCUCACGUAGUGUAGUGGACACCGUCAAAGAAUUCAUUACUCAAAAUUUCCGGAAUCCACGUAUCAUGGAGCAAUACCAAGGUCUCCUGACAUACUACCUUCCAGACCGUAGUAUGGCGUGGUCACGGAUGUUCGGUAUUAUGGAGCGCGCUAAGAGGGACUUGGAGAUCGAAGACUACAGCAUCUCACAGACCACACUAGAACAAAUAUUCCUACAGUUUACCAAGUACCAGCGACAAGCAUACGAAUUACUAUAGUGAACAAUGUCGUAGUUUAGAGAUAAUUCGCUAUACAUCCCACAUCUGGGAUCUAAAGAUUCGGGGAAAUGCUCUCUUGUAAUAUAAUGUGUGAGUGCACAUAGUUUCAUAUAUAAGAAUACAUGCAGUGCGAUGUCACUUCUGUACCAGUCUGACGUCACAGGUGAGUCUCGCUCUAGUCGAUAAAAUUGUAGCAAAUUCGUUAUUGACGUUUUACUGUAGUUCUACAAGUUGAAGUGCUAAAUUUAAUAAUAAUAAAUUUGUUUCUGCUUGUAUACAAGAAAUGUUUCCCAAAUAAUCUUUUUGUAUUUGGGCUGGGAACCCAAAAACAUAGUUAGAUAAAUUAAUUUCGUUGUCAAAGUAGGACCUAGUGUUUUAGAGGACAUUUAUAUCCUCUAAAAUUGGCACUAUAGAAGAGGUCUACUGAAAAGACCGAUUGCUUGUCACGAUUAUUUUAUAAAUGUUUACAUAAUGCACAAGUUACAGUGGCAAGUCUUGAUGUAUCUGAUUUACGAGUAAAUAAAUGUAUAUUAGUUGUAAUUUUAAUGACAUUCCAUGACCUCUUUUCCAUAUUUACAAAAGAGAAAUGAAACGAGGCUAUUUGAAAUGAUUUUAUUGUUGUACCAUACUAGCGUACCGACUAAAUCACUAUAUUAAAGAAUUUCUUAGUAAAAAAACUUACCUAUUGUAUACAAAAUAUGCUCAAGCGCUUGUCUUGCGCCUAAUUUUGCGUUAAGUUGAUGUAAAUAAUAAUAAUGUGUAUGUAUGUACCUAAUAUAAAAAUUGUUAUUUAUUUGUUUAAACUUUUUUACUUUCAUACCAAAAAUCUGUAGUACUUUAGAAAAAGUAUUUGUGAUGUGUGUAACUAUUUUGUUUUAGUUAAUCUUAAUAUAUUUGUAACGUAUUUGUGAUCAAAUAGAUGAUUAGAUAAAAUAAUAAUACAAUAAAUAUGUACGGAUUAUACCUACGAUGUCGUUAAUCAUUACUGAUUUAUAAUUACCUAUCUCCUCUGAUAAUAAUGCAGACAUAAGUACGCAUUAGCGUUUUUUUUAUAUUUGUAGCAUGAUAUCGUAGCCCGUAGCCGUUGCUACGGCGUAGCAAGCAGUUUCAAAUAAGUUGUGUAUAAUAUCACUGCUAAUUUUAAUCAAAGCUCAAUUUUCCCAAAAGUGGCACUAUAAAAACUUACAGUGCACUUACAAUAUUUGUGUAGUGAGCCUACGGUGACUGUGUGUACAAGGCAGCGUAUACGCUUUGCUGCUAGAUAAAGAGUUGAUACGUUUCGUUGAUUUUGUGCUUGAAAGACGAGUUCGAUUUUCAGGUUGGGGAAAGUAUUUUUCGUUUUCGGAAAUAUCCCAGUAGGCAAUGAUAUGUAACCUGGAAUAUCACAUAGGACUAUAACAUAACUAUAACAUAACUGAAAUGCAUUUCGCGAUCAUGGAAUUCCCUUGGUGUCGUUAAAAAUAACAAUAAUUGUAACACCAUUCGUUGAGGUUAGUUAGAUUGUUAUAAUAAAACAAAUUCUGAUAAAAUAUCCUUAGUUUUAUUAAAAAUUGUCUAUAAACACUACACAAUACAAACACCGCCUUAUGAUAUAUAAUAUACAUCGAGAGGAAUAGCAAUACAAUUUAAAGCCAGAAUGUUGCAUAAAUUAAGUUAUGUAUACUGUUCAAGCGUAAUAAUUAAGUAGCAUUUGAAGCUGCACAUGAGUUCUACAGUCUAUUUUAUAGAAAAAAUAUUCGUUUCAAUAAUACUUGGAUGUUCAAAGGAACUUGUACUAAUAAAAUUAAACUAAGCCCUGAUUAUAAAUGGCAUAGAUGUAUCAGUGGCACAGGGCAUAUCCUUAAAUAAUAAUAUAUAUUUUGCUAAUGGCAAUAAUUAACACAAUUAAUUACAAUAGAUCACAAAUGAUAUCACACAAAUUCACAUUUAUACAACUUCUUAAAUAUAACCGUUCAGCUCUCAGCUGACAUUAAUGAUGCAGAUCUACAUUUAUUAAUACAAUAAAGAAGCUAUUUAUAUUGUAUACUCCGUAAAUAAGAGAGCACACAUACAAAAUAAUGUAUCACAUACAUAGUCGUAACGUGAACAUCAAAUCUUUCAAUACAAUAUCAAUCAAUCAACUGUGUUCAAGAUUGAAUAUUUGUGGUGCGAUUACAUUUCGUCGGGCAUAGUGUAAAUCUACGGAACUAACUUUCGAUAAUUCCGCGUGUCUGACAAACAUUUGGUAAAUAUAGCUAAUGCAAGUUUUCGCAGAAAAAUCCUGCAAAAUCUUAAUUGGCUGCCACCGCCUUGACACGAGUUCAUUUUGACUCAUUUUAUACUAUUAUAUAAAGCGGAAGAGUUUGUUUUUUGUUUGUUUGUUUGAACGCGCUGAUCUCCGUAACUACA